AUGGAAAUUGAAGUUCCUGGGAUGUGUGUGAUCUUAAGUGAUCAGGUUUGCCAUGGAACUGAUUCAGAAAAGAAAGAUGCUGCUGUUGAGAUCUUGAAUGAGAUGAAAGAUGUGAUAGAAUUAUCCAAGAAAACACGGCUUGAUCUCUCCGCUGCUGCUGAACCUGUGAUACCGUUUGACAAACAUGCAGCUAGAGCUCCUGAGCAUAAGCGUGCUGAGAAAGUUCUGUCUGAAGAGAAGAGUCUAGGUCCUACGACAAGCCUGGCGGGAAAUUUUGUGCACAGUACAGGUGGAGGUGUACCACUCAAGCCUGAUAACUCAGACACCGCAGCACAUGGGUUACCAGUGAAGACUAAAAACUGGGCCGGACCAAGGGAUUCGGGGAAUUUGAGACUGAUACGACGGGAUCCUGGUGAUAAUGCGGGGCUACGAGUACGAGACCAAUGUAAGUUCUACAUUGUUCACUUCAUUCGGUUUAAUUUCGACCAAGGUUACCACCGGGAAGUGGAAGAUGAGUACGGAGAUGAGUACUAUGAUCAAGAUGAGUAUUUGGAGGAGGGUUCAGGUGCUGGGGAUGAAGUGUUCUUCAAUGUGUUUCUUUUCCCUGCUAGAUUUGGCUCUUUCUUCGGGCCAUCCAAGCCGGUGAUUUCUCGUCGAGUGAUUGAAGAAAGAAAAUCAUUGAAAGAACUGCAUAGCACAAUUGCAAGGGAGCCAAGGCCUUCUGGAGUACAUAAGGAUAUUCCAUCGUCCUCUAAAGUGCAAAGUAAAGGAAAUGGACAUCAGCAUAAACAGAAGAUUGUUAAUCAGGUAAAGAGGAAGGUUGAGGCACUUAAGGAUAACCGAGAUUAUUCAUUUCUACUCUCGGAUGAUGCUGACCUUUCACCCUCUCCAAAGGAGAAACCUGCUGCUAGAUCUUCCUUGACUCAAAGGGCUGAUCGCGAGGUGAUGCAAUCAACAGUAAAGAGCAAGGCACCAACAAGUCAACCUGCACGUUUGUCAAAUGGAUAUGGACCUAAGAACACAAUGUCAACUCAAAGGCAUGCCGAAGGUAGGGUAGAUUCCAUGAGAAAGGAGGCUUUCUUGAAUAGAGAAAGGGUUGUUUCACGUGACAGUGAGAGGACGCAUUGUAUUGCAAGAAAUGGAUCCAACCAGGCAAGCACUAGCAAAACCACAAUCCAAAAGCUUCCAAGCAGGGGUCCUAUUGUUAAUAAGCAACCUUCCAAGGAUUUGAAUGAUGCAACUCUGUGGAAGAGCAGUGUAACCUCGAAGAACCAUCUCUCAGAGAUUGACAGACCAAAAUCCUCGCAAAGUCAGAGGAUGCAGUCAGCUGGUCAGAGACCACAGCAUUCUUCCCACGGUCAGAGGCCACAUCAAUCCAUGCAGCAUAGGCCGCAGCAGUCAUUGCAGAGUCCGAGGCCACAGCAAAUGACACAGGGUCAGAAACCACAACAGUCUUUGCAGAGUCAACGGGCUCGACAGUCCUUGCAGAAUCAAAGACCACAGCAGUCCUCACAUAUUCAGAAACCGCAAUCCUCACAAACACACAGACCACAGUCACUAAGUAACAGGUCCCAGCCAUCACAAGGACAAAGGCCUCUUUCUUCGAAGGGUCAAUAUUCGGAGCAAAGAAGAGUACAGGCAAAUAAUAGAGUCAAACAAGCUGAAAGGCAGAUUCGGCCUCCCUCGAAGUCCAUGCCAUCUCGGCCAGUCUCUUCCAAUGGAAUUUGUGAUGAUCAUGCAAAGAGAAAGCAAGUGGCAAAAAGAAGAUUUGAUGAAGAUGAAGAUGAGGAAGACCCCUUUGCAAUGAUCAGAAAUAUGUUCGGGUAUGAUCCUAGUAGAUAUGCAGGCAGAGAUGAGGAUGUCAGUGACAUGGAAGCUGAUUUUGCUACUAUAGAAAUGGAAGAGAAAAGAAGCGCGAGGAUUGCUAGGCAGGAGGAUGAAGAACAACUUCGCUUGAUUGAGGAAGAAGAGAGACGCGGGCAGGAGAGGAAGAGGCGAAAGAUGGCACGAGGCCGAUAG